AUGUUCAAAGUGCUUUUCCCCCUGGUGAGGAUUAAACCCACCCAACUGUUUUUCAAUAAUGGAUUUCUUACAUCCUUUUCAUCUCGUUCGCUCAGAUUUAACACAUUGAAGCAAAGUCAUGCAUUCACUAGUAACCAACUGUUUCCAGUCUUAAAAUCAUCAUUUGGAUUCACCAACUUCUUCAAGUCAACAUUGUUGAAGAACAAACAUAGUAGCAUUUCCAACCAGACAAGAGGAUUCUAUAGAAAUGCUAACUUCUCCAGAGCUGCAUGGAGAACUCUUCAAGGACCUGCUCUUUUCACCGCGGGUUUCUGUGUUGCCACCACAUUGGUAACCCCAUAUUUAUUCAGUUAUACACCUUUAGCGUAUUUCAAACGUAAUCCUUACGUUCUUAUUUAUUCUAUCAUAGCUGCAAAUGGUGCCGUCUUCCUCAUGUGGAGAGCUCCCCAGUUACAAUCAAUUCUUAUGAAGUACUUUUUGAUGACCAAACUUCGUCUUGGAUCCAAUUGGGCACUCCUUGGCGCAGCGUUUUCCCAUCAAAGUUUGACCCAUUUUUUGGUUAAUAUGUUUGUCUUACACUCAUUUGGUACUUCUCUCUGUGCAAUGAUUGGUGCAUCAAACUUUUUCGCCUUUUACCUCAAUUCCGCUGUCAUUGCCUCAUUCCUUUCCCUUGCACUUCCAGUGCUUACUAGAUCUAACCUUGCCGUUGGAUCUCUUGGUGCUUCUGGUGCCAUUUUCAGUGUGUUUGGAACCUUUUCUUAUUUGAUCCCUAAGGCCCCUAUUGCCUUUUUCUUUUUCCCAAUCCCAGGUGGCGCUUGGGUCGCUUUCCUUGGAGGGUUUGCCUACAAUAUUGCUGGAAUGGCACUUAAAUGGAGUAGAUUUGACUUUGCUGCCCAUAUCGGUGGAUGUAUUGCUGGACUUGGUUAUGGUUGGUGGUACGACCGUAAAAGAAAGAACAUGAGAAGUAGUGUCAGAAGAAUCGUAUACACUUAA